AUGCCGAAGGGCGGACACUCCGCGAGGAGGGGAAGGGCGGGGCCGCGGGCGGAGCUUCGUGAGGGCAAAGGGUUUGCCGCGUCCAAUAUGGCGCCCGCCAUGGAGCUGAGCUGCUGGGGCGGUGAUUGGGGGUUGCCGUCCGUGCACGCGGAGUGCCUCGUUGUCAUGGUAACGGCGGGUUUGACGGGUUUGCGCGGGCGGGCGAAGGCCCAGAUUCGGGUGUGAGGGGGGGACGGAGAGAGGCUUGUGAGGAGCCGCCACAAUGGAUUGCACCUGGGGAGGAAAGCCUCAAACAUUUCCAGUGUUGAAGGGGGAAAGCUUUCACGUAUAUAUAUUUAUGCAUUUUUAUUUUUAUUUUGAUAUACAAAGGAGUUUCCAUCCUGCUUUUUAAAGAGCCUUUCAAAAGUGGUGUAUACAUUCUGGAAAUAAGCAAUAUCCGGCACUUAACUCUGGUAUGAAAUGUUGUGGAUCAGAGAGCCCACUUCAUGGGAUGGAUCCGACAUGGUGUGGUGCUAGUACACGAGAGUUAAUGUCACAGUAAAAAAUUAAUUCUGGAGGUGUAUGUGCUUGCUGUAGCGGACUGUGGCUGCAGCAGUGUUGCACAUUUACCCGUGAGUCACCCCACUGGACAGAGUGAGGCUUAACUUCUGAGUGAAAAUGCAUAGGAUUGUGCUGUAAUGCAGCUGUCUCUAGGACACACUACAAUGUGCAAUCGAGCACCCAAAAGAUAAUAUAGAAAUGUCCCAUCAGAAAACCUUUAUUGUCUAUAAGGACAAUUUCAUUUAAAUCCUGAAAAUCUUUUUUUAAGCACUUGGGUUUCACAUAUCUUCAUGAGUAGCAGGAAUAGAAAAUGAAUAUAGGUUGCGUCUCCUUUCAGAGUCCACUCUUACAGCAACACUUCAAGACAGGCAUUUGUUAUUUAAAAAGUAAAGUUCAGCACUUGUGACUACUGAGAUGUUAACUUGUCACUUGUGCAUAUUGUCACAGACUUAUUCUGUUCAUCCACAUCUUUUUAAAAGAGAAAGCAAGCUGAUAUGUAUUAAAAAUGGUAAUUUGAGAAUGGUCCAUGGAUAUCUCCGAUUGCUUUAAAGUUGUCUGUACUGUACGUCUUUUAAAAAAUAGUGGCUCAGUUUGCAUGUAGUACUAAGUUUUCGCACCUCACUGGGUCCUUCUGCCGCCACACUAUCUAGAGCGAAAUCAUAGUUUUGCUGAGUAUGAAGUGUGAACUUGGGCUUGUGGCAUAUAUUAACAAUAUAGGUUGAUCUCAGCCCAAUUCCAGCUCUGUUUUUGUGCAUGUAGUGGAAUGUAACAGCUAGUGGUCACAUCCAGUCAAAUCAAAGAGAGUUUUACAGAUAAAUAGCUACAUGUACCUUAUAUACCCAUGAGCUGGAAAGGAUUUCCUUGGGUGGAACUAGGUCAAUGUAUUUUAAAACUAGUAAUGUUUUCCCAUAAUUCAUGCUGAGAAACCUGUGACCUUCAAGAUGUUAUUGGAUUCCAGUUCCCUUCAGCCCCAGCCAAAUAGCCUAUUCAUCAUAGAUAACAUAAGUUGAAAUCCAACAACCCCAGGAGAGCCCCAAUUUUUUCCCAGCACUGUCUUAGCUCCUCUUGGCCCCAUAGCCAACUGACAUCCCAUUGAAGUCCAUAGCAAAUUGUCCAUUAAUUGUGACAGUUGAGUGUUGCAUUUAAUGUUGAUUAUGGCAGUGGCAUAAUAUGACUGUGCACCCUGAGCUUUUGAGAUGAGUCAGGUUAUAAAUCAAAUAAGUAGCUUCUUUACCUAACAUUUAGGUUGUCAAAAUUCUGAAGAAUAAAACAUUGAGUUUAAUUAUUUUGUAACUUUCAUUGCAGGCUUAUGCCAGGUUUUGUGGUGCACCAUUGAAAGUGAAUGUUAUAGAUCAUUUGUGGAGAGCACCAAGAGGUAUUGCUUUAACAUUUUACGUGUAUAUAUUUGCAUUUUAGGUCGCAUCUUAAGCAGUGGUUACAUCAGAAGCAGCUCCUGGGAAAGGGUGGUGCCACAGAUCUGGCUUCACUGCUAUGUACUGGGCUGGACAAGGGGCAGUGGCCAGGGUGGUGUGGGCACAGUGACAGUUCCAGUCCAGUGCUCCUGCCAGUGUGCCCAAACCAACCCUGACCCUCUGUCACACCAUCUGGGGAUGCAGCAGCCCUACCUCGCUGCAUAUUCUGGGUUACAUGCAUACAUAAAGGGUAAAGGGACCCCUGACCAUUAGGUCCAGUCGUAACCAACUCUGGGGUUGUGGCGCUCAUAUCGCUUCAUUGGCCAAGGGAGCCGGCGUACAGCUUCCGGGUCAUGUGGCCAGCAUGACUAAGCCGCUUCUGGCGAACCAGAGCAGCGCACGGAAACGCCGUUUACCUUCCCACCGGAGCGGUACCUAUUUAUCUACUUGCACUUCGACGUGCUUUCGAACUGCUAGGUUGGCAGGAGCAGGGACCGAGCAACGGGAGCUCACCCCGUCACGGGGAUUCGAACUGCCCUCCUUCUGAUCAGCAAGCCCUAGGCUCUGUGGUUUAACCCACAGUGCCACCCGCAUCCCUUACAUACAUACAUACAUAACUACGUACAAACAGGAAGAUCCUCAUCCCUAGCUUACAACCCAGUCUUACUUUCCGUUGUGCAAAGCCAAGAGUGGCUCAUAUCAGUUCAGGGUGAGCAUUACAUUCCAAGCUAUGUGUUGCAACUAUUGCAGCAAAAGACCUAGGAUGUUUGAACGGAACAACUUAAGGGAGUGCAGUUGCACUGUGAAAGGCCUUUUAUGAAUCAAAUGUGGGUGUAACGGAAUGAUACUGGAUUAUGAAGUAACAGUGCUUAGCGUCAUCUGAUCUUUGUCAGCAGGAUGAAGGAUCACCCCUAGCCUUCUUAUGUUGAAGCUACAAAAUAAGGCAAUUUUUAAUGAGUGGCAAAAGUGAAAGCUUAUAUGCACCAAUCCUUUGUAUUGAGCUGAUCAGAAUUCUUACAUGAGCAAAUUUAAACACCUUUUAUGUUAGCAUUAAUAGGGUUGUUUUGAUUGCAUUAUUUUGACUGAUCAUUUAUUUUUAGGGAGUGUACCAUUGCUGAUAUCGAAUGACACCGUUAUUUCUCAGCCAGCAAAAAUACUAAACUUCUUAAGAAAGCAGGUGAGUUUCCAUAAAUAGUAUCUCAUAUCUAGUAAGUUAAAUCUUUAAAGAUUAGCGAAUCUCUAACUUUCAUUUCAAAAGCUUUGUGAGAUUUGAGGGUAAAUUACUUGUGCUUUUGUUUGCUUCUUUAUUUACAAAAAAGGAAUAAAAUGUGUCUUUCACUUGAUUAAGGAAUUUUUUUCCCCUUCCUUAAUUUUAACAUUAGAAAUUCAGUUGCUGGCUAGCCUGGAAGUUUCACUGAAGACUGGAAAAUCAAGGAAAUGACAGCUGAAAAAUCAGGAUAUUGAGGCAGAAUUCUUAAAACUGUUUCCAAAGACUAAGGAACAUUCUGGAGAGAGGACACCUUUGCUAGGGUUUGACUGCCACCUCUCCCUCUCCUGUUAAGGUAUGAGAACAAACAAAAUGUGUCCCAAGAAAUCUAUAGUCUACCAGUCAAUUGAACUCCGCCAGCCAGACUCAAUACUACUUGAACUCUUUGAGGGUUGGGGGUAUUUUUACAAUCAAGCAGUAUAUAAAUAGUGUGAAAUAAAAUAAUAAAUAAAACUCACUGCAAUCAUUCUCUUCUACCAUAUGUGAGUACAUGGAAAUCAACCUGUAAAGUGGAUCCCCACCUCAGCGAAGCAGAACUUUGUUGUGCCAUUCAAGCCACAGCAGUGCCCGUACCCUCUAUCAUAGCCAGGCAGGAGCUAAUGCUUUUUACAAAACAAUCCCACAGGCUACUUGUCCUUUCGCCCUGAAUAUGGCAAAAUUUCAGCUUCUGUUGACAGCACCCUGCAUAGGCAAGCUCAGGAGCGCCCUAUGCAAUGCACAGAAAGGCUUCUGUGUAAGGUGAAAUGCUUGGCUGAUAGAGCUUUCAGGCAUUGCUGCAUCUUGACUGAUGCUCCAACAUCAGGGACAGGGAGGAAAAGGUUCUCCUUGGAUCCUACAGAGAGCCAUUCCACAAGAUCUCUUGUCUAUAUAUUCACUAGGAGAUCAGGAUUGUAGCUCAUAAAUUCACAACUCUUUCAGAUUCUGUUUGUACAAUAAAAGAGCCAAACAGGAGCACAAGUAAAUUUUAUAUUUUAGGGGAAUAGAGAUGCAUUUUUAAACUCCAUUUUUCAGGAUUCACCAUGACUAAAAGCAGUUUAAAUAGAAAGGGCAUGCAUACCUUAACUAAAGUGCAAGUUGAUUUUGUUAAAAUAUCCCCAUUAGUUUGACUUCAGGCAGAUUGAUCUUAGAAUUAAGUGCCUCUGUAACUUCAGCAGUUAACACUAUUAUUAAACACUGAAACCAUUAACUUGGAGGAAAAGUUAAGAGUUUAAUUUUAUUAUUUAUUGCUUUUCUGUUUUUUGAAACUGAAUAUAUAAUUCAUUUUUUUACAGGAACCUUCAAUUGUUGGCUUUAUUUUCUCUUUGGAAAGUUUCAUAUGACUGCUUGCUGCAUUAAUGUAUUGCCUUUUUCACUGGCAGAAAUAUAAUGCUGAUUAUGAGUUGUCUACAAAAGAAGGAGCAGACACACUGGCGUACAUUGCACUACUCGAAGAAAAAUUACUUCCUGCUGUGGUAAGAUACAGUUGUUGUUUGUGACCAAAGUUUUGCAGUGCCACCCACCAAAGUCAAUAACAUGCUUAUUCAGCUCAUUGAAAUUAAUGUGUCUUGAACUUCUUGUGUGUUCCCAUGAGAUGUCUUAGGAGUCAGUAAUCACCAUUAAAAUCAGAUAUCUUUAAAAUCAGCAUUCAUAUUAAAGAGCUCAGUGACAAUAGGAAGGCAUCAGGAAGGCCACAGAUUCCCCACCCCUGCUCUGUGGCUUUGUUCUCACAAACAGUAGACAUGGUGGUAAACAUCUGUCUGGGUUUUAUUUCUUCCCUCUGUAGAUGAAGACUUACAUAACUAAAUUUUUCCUAUACAGAAAUUCUUUCCACAAAGAAAACUAGAAAUAGAUAAGAUGAGUUCUAGUGUGGUUUUAAUGAAAGUUGUAUGUGAUAAGCUUCUAUUGCUCAUAUAAAAAGCACAACAACCUAAAAACAAAGUUAAACUAAUCGAGCAGAUGCAAUAUACAAUAGCUCAUUACCAUUUCUGGGUAAAUCUUGCACUAGAUACAAAAUGGCAGGAGAAGAACAGCCACAGACUUUCUUAGACCUUGACUUACCCAUAAUGUGCUAGGUUUUUAUGCGAAGUUUUCAGUCUGCUAUUUGUAAGGACUAGGCCAGUAACGUCACAGAAGUUCAGGUAAUGGAUAGAGGAGACUUGCAACUCAUAGCAAGUAUGUGUGUUAUUUAAACUAGUUACUUUUCCCUGUUCUGAAACACUGCUGACAUGGUAGGAAUAAUUUAAAUUUAAUAUAAAUUGUUUCUUUAAAAAUAAUAAGCUUGGUAUACUUUGACUUUUCUAAUUACCUCUAUAAUAAUAAUAAAUUUUAUUUAUAUCCCGCCCUCCCCAGCCGAAGCCGGGCUCAGGGCGGCUAACAACAAUAAAACAGUACAAAAGUACAACACAAACAACACUCUAAAAUCAUUCAUUAUAAAAUUAAUUCAAUAUAGUGCAGUCCUAUUCAUGUCUACUCAGAAGAAGGCCACAUUGAGUUCAUUGGGACUUAUUUUCAUGUAAAAGUGUAGAGACAUGCACUCUUAUCGAGAUCUGUCCUAUUCGUAUUAUUAAUUAAUUAUUAAAAAUGUGUUUUUAUAUCUGUAAUAGUCUAAUGUCUUAACUUUAUUUCCACUCUGCUGAGAAAAUCACUUGGUUUUUGAACACUGAGACAGGCUUAUUAGAUCCCCCAAAAUCUAUUGGUAAACAAAAACAGGUUUGGUUUUUUUAGUAACAGGGAAGCUGAUGUUCAUUAUCGAAUGUUAACAUUCUUUGUUAUCAUGAUAUAGCUGCACACUUUCUGGGUUGAAGCUGAUAAUUACUACAAUGUGACAAAACCAUGGUUUGCGUCAAGGAUUCCAUUUCCACUGAGUUGGUAUCUGCCUAGAAAGAUGUCUGGGGAAGCCCUUAAUAGAAUCUUGCUGACAAAAGGAGGACCUCCGCUCUACAGUCUCACUGAAGUGGAAGCACAGGUAUAUUUUGCUUUGUGAGUAAUUUAGGCCUAUAAUCGAUGCAGAUGUACUGGAAUUGGACGCUAAAUAUGAUGGUGCUUGUUUUAAUACUUUUUGAGACAAUAGAUUUCUUCAAGGUAAUGUUGGAAGGAUCAGUGAAGUUUACUGGUCCCACAACUUCCUUGAUCAACCAGUGAUUCAAAAGAAGGUUCGGGAGAGGGCUUUCCUGAUUCUACUUCAUUUUAGUGGCCACCUGAAAUUUCCCAUGCCUUAUGUUAUUGUUCUGGUUAACAAAUUUGUCAACCCAUGCAGAUGGAAAGAACUAGUGUUUUACAUUCUUUCUGCCUGGCAUCUCUUCACUCAUGUUUUGGGGAGGGACUGGUGUGUUUUAUGCCAGGUGGACUAAUUCUGCCCUCUUCUGCUGUAGUGCUCUGAUGGAUUGAAUAUUAGUUUUAUGUCAUAAUGAAGUUUUUUUUAAAACUGAAUACAUUGUCUUAAUUGUAUUUUGUAAACUACUCUGGAUCUUAACCAACGAAGGGUGGCAUAAUAAGGAAAGAAAGGAAGGAAGGAAGGAAGAGAUUUUGUUACUAGCUGAAGCUUUUGAACAGUUUUCAAAGACAAGCUCACAUAUUGCAGAUUGCAGUAACUAAUCCACAAGAUGAUCAAGGCAUGGAUAGCAAGCAUAAGACCCUCAUAUUCCAGCAGGGUACAGGAAUAACGUGGUCACAUAGCAAACAUGCUGGUGUUUGGAGGGAGACACUCUUGCAAACAAGUAAAAAAAUAAGCCAGCAUACAAAGGAGUGGCCGCAGGCAGGUUAUGUAUGUGUGUGGCCAAGGACACAUAACAAUUUCUCAAAUAUUGGGUUGUAGCCACUACAUUUUACUCAGAGUACUCCCAUUGAAAUUACAGUUGUACCUUGGAAGUCAUAUGGAAUCCGUUCUGGAAGUCCAUUCGACUUCCAAAACGUUCAGAAACCAAAUUGUGGCUUCUGAUUGGCUGUAGGAAGCUCCUGCAGCCAAUCAGAAGCUGCAGAAGCCCCACCGGACAUUCGGGUUUCAAAAAAACGUUUGCAAACCGGAACAAUCACUUCUGGGUUUGCGGCGUUCGGGAGCCAAAAUGUCCGACUUCCGGGGCGUUCGGGAUCCAAGAUAUGACUAUAAUGGACAAUAUUAAUUUGGGUCCAUUAAUUUUCAGUGGAUCUACUUUGAAUAAAACAUUGUUGGCUAUAACUCAUUAUUUGGAGGUUAUGUGUGUGCAUAUCUUUCAAACACUAAAUUGAAGUAGUAUGCUUUGGGUCUUUUUUAAUCUGGGUUGUGCCACAGAGAUUCUUAGCUAUCCAUCAUCCAUGUACUAAAUUAAUUUGAGAUGAACUCCUAGAAAAGGUGGUAUGCAAAUAAACUUUGAUGUUUGUUUGUUUGUUUGUUUGUUUGUUUGUUUGUUUGUUUUAGAUCUACAGAGAUGCCAAGGAAUGCCUGAAUCUUCUAUCAAACAGACUGGGGACGUCUCCAUUUUUCUUUGGAAACAUGUGAGUACAGAAUGUUUACAGUGUUUGCAACAUAUGUGGUGUGGUACUAUUAAUGCCAAAAUACUUGUGUAUGCUUUCCGGUUUUCUUUUUCCUUGUGAACGAAACAUAGAUUUUUGGUAUGUAUUCAAGUUUUAAAAUCAGAUGUCAUUCUUCUAGUGCUUGUCAAACCACAGGGUGACCAAUUAAAUGUACUAGAGGCAAAUAAAAAUAUGAACAAGAGCUCACCAGCAGUGAACUUGGCCUGCUUCUGGCUUUGCAAGUGAAAUGACACAUUUGCAUGCUAGGGAAUUGAUUGCUGGCUCAGCCAUCAGCCAUCAGUCUUCCCUUGUGCCUCAGGCAGGCAGUAUGAUUUCUGUUCUUUUUUCUUUUUAAUUAAAAGCACAUCCCUGUUUGUUCGUUUAUCUAUUUAUCAUUUGUUGCUUUAUUUUUUUAAAAAAAAUCCAUUUGAAGUUCAUUUCCCCCCCCCCCCCAUGUUGCCGGUGAUAUAGUGGCAGAUUCGCAGUGCCAGCCAAUCAGUCCUGUGCAAAGCUUGCCUCUGUUGCAGCCUUGAAGAAUCAGGACUUUUUGGAGCUUGACCCUACAGAGGAAUAGAUAGGUUGCAGCUGAACAACCCAGCUUAACUGCCCUAUACAUGGUAUGUCUUCGUUCCAUUUGAUCUGUUCCCUGCACAGUUGGUGACUGUUGUUUUUUUUAAAAAAAAACUUGGACAAUGAAAACCAGACCAUGCCUGCCCUAUUUACAGAUUUUUAUUUCUAAGAGCACAUUGGCACAUUGUUUUGGGGGGAGUCUUAUCCUCAUUGGAUAUACUGUACUGCAGUCAACCUUCCUGCUCCACAGGAUGCCCAUUUUCGAAUUGUGUCAGUCUGUGUACCACCUGCAGUUCAGACAGAAGAGAGGAGUCAGUCACCUCAAAUGUUGUUGCGAUUCUGACCUUUCAUGCCAAACACUGUUUUCCUUCUAAGAACUCGUCUUAUAUUCUUUUUAAAAAAUUACCACAGUGGUGGUCGUGGAAGCCACUUCAAGUGAGGCUCAAUCAGUAAUGCUGGCACAGGAAAUAAUUAUGUGAUUUGUCCUGCCUGUGUAGUUUUUGCAUCAAAAUGUUGCUGGAACAGCAUGGAACUAUUUGGCAGAAGAAUGGGGUACAAAUGCUCCAAAUAAGCAAAAAAUAAAUAAAAAUCUAUCCCAAUGCAGAUGUUGGAGUAAUCUGUGAACCAAAUCUGAGUUUUGUUGAUGGCAUGUGAUCACCAAAUAUUCUAUUUAUCAGCUCUUUUAUAUCUGUAGCAAGGGAGCAGCUGAAGCUAUGACAGUGUUCAACAUUAAUGUCUCUAAACAGACUUGGGACAUGACAGCAGCUGCUGUUUUGUAAUUAUAUGUGCAGCCUGCAGGCAGUUGAAUCUUGCUCAUUGUCUAGUAAAAUGGUAUGCCAUGAAUAUCUGUCUCUUUUAUCCCAUUAAUGGAGAUAGUUUAUGACAAAAUGCAAUCUUAUUAAACUGCUGUGAAACUAAGAGACUAUACCAUAUGUUGAGUCAAACAUGUUUUUUAAUCUUCCAUCAUGGGUUUAAUUCCACAUUAGCACUCAUGUUAUUUUGCUAAAUACGAGUGUCUUCAAACACAGCUACACUUUGCUUGAUAUUUUUCUCUGUUUAGAAAGUGACUUACAGAGUUUGAGAUAUCCGUAUCCCAUGUUUGUUACCCCUAGGCCUACAACUCUUGAUGCCUUUGUGUUUGGUUUUCUUGCUCCUCUUUAUAAAGUACCGUUCCCCAAAACCCAGCUACAAGAUCAUUUGAAGCAGCUUCCCAAUUUAUGUCACUUCUGUGAUGACAUUCUGAUUUGCUACUUCAGAUCAAACUUAUCAGGUAAGCCAUAUGCUUCUCUUUCAGCAUGUGUUAUAUUUUCAUAAGAGAGUGUCUGGCGUGCUCUGGUCCAUGGGGUCACGAAGAGUUGGACACGACUAAACAACAACAAAAUACUUACAUUUUGUUGCACUGAAUCUGUACAGCUCUAGAAGACUUACCAUUUUAAAUUUUCUCUGUUGUAGAAUGGAGGUAGCAGAAGAUUUGGUUCGUGGUGGGGAGGUGAAAUUGAUUUUUCAGGCUUACCCAUAUGCACUUGGUUGGCCACUGUGAGAACAGGUUGCUGGACUAGAUGGGCCAUGGACCUGAUCCAGCAGACCCUUCUUAUGUUCUGUUCCCUGAUGAAAAUAAGGAAAUGCUUUCUAAAUGUAGUUUCAGUCCCUCCUAACUUUCUGUUUCUGUGUGCAUUGCUUAUUUAGGUGCCACUCCAGCAGGUCAAGACACAGUUGAUGCAAAUCUACAGAAACUCACACAGCUUGUAAACAAAGAAUCCAACUUAAUUGAAAAGGUCAUUUUUAUUUCAGUCUUUUUGUAUUUUUCUGAUCUUCUUGUUGAUAACUAGGGACCAAAUUAGGCAUGACCAUGGCAGUUCAAUGUGUUUGGACCAUUUCUGUCUAAUCAAGUAGAAAGAGAGGAUGGAAAUCAGAAAAGGGACACAUGAGUGAAGAGAAUAAAACCUGUCCAGCUUUCCGAUAGCUUGUCAACCCAAGUUCUUUCUCCCUCUGCCAAGCUGUGAUGCUGAAGUUGCCCUUGGUUUAGCUUGAAGGAAAGCAUUUGAGGAGCAGGGUUGCAUUGGAUGAAGGAUAAUUCUGCAUUUCUCCCCAUUAGGUUCCAUUUGCUUUAAAGUCAGGGCCCCUCUUUCUAGUCACUGUCAUGUAAUUUUCAGAUUAAUUUUCGCAAUUACAUACAUUAAUGGACUUCAAUGUCUGUACACUAAUGCGCAAAGCAUGGGAAAUAAACAAGAUGAGCUUGAGCUCUUGGUACAGCAAACUAAAUAUGACAUAAUAGGCAUCACUGAAACCUGGUGGGAUAAGUCCCACGAUUGGAAUGUAAUAAUGGAGGGAUACAAUCUAUUUCAGAGAAACAGACCAGACAAGAAAGGAGGAGGAGUGGCGUUAUAUGUCAGGGAUGUGUAUACCUGUGAAGAGAUCCAAGAUUUAGAACCUCAAAGCCAAAGUGAGAGCAUUUGGGUCAAAAUUAAGGGAGAGAAGAAUAACAGUGACCUCAUUGUGGGAGUUUACUAUAGAUCCCCAAGCCAAACAGAGGACAUAGAUGAUGCCUUCCUGGAACAGAUGGCCAAGCAUGCAAAAGGAAGGGAGAUAGUAGUAAUGGGGACUUCAAUUACCCGGAUAUUUGUUGGAUGUCAAACUCAGCCAAGAGCAUAAGGUCAAACAGAUUCCUCACUGGCCUUGCAGACAACUUCAUUGUCCAGAAAGUGGGAGAAGCAACAAGAGGAACAGCCAUUUUAGAUCUGGUCCUAACCAAUGUUGAUGACCUGGUUAGUGGGGUUGAAGUGGAAGGAUCAUUAGGCGCGAGUGAUCAUGCUCUUCUGAAGUUUACUAUACAGCGGAAAGGAGCAGCCAAGCAUACUAGGACUCAAUUUCUUGACUUUAAGAAAGCCGACUUCAUAAAACUUAGGGAAGUGCUGGGUGAGAUCCCAUGGACAGUAAUACUAAAAGGAAAGGGAGUUCAUGAUGACUGGGAGUUUGUUAAGAGGGAGAUAGUAAAAGCACAACUUCAGGCAAUACCAAUGAGACGGAAACAUGGAAGGUGCCUAAAGAAGCCAGGGUGGCUAUCUAAAGAACUUUUAACUGCGUUAAGAUUAAAAAAGGAUGUGUACAAAAAUGGAAAAGGGGGGAAACCACCAAAGAGGAAUUCAAACAAAUAGCCAGCACGUGUAGACACAAAGUCAGAAAAGCUAAAGCACAGAAUGAACUCAGGCUUGCUAGAGAGGUUAAAAACAACAAAAAAGGCUUUUAUGGGUAUGUUCGUAGCAAAAGGAAGAACAAAGAAACAGUGGGGUCACUCAGAGGAGAAGAUGGUGAAAUGCAAACAGCGGACACAGAAAGGGCUGAACUCCUCAAUGCCUUCUUUGCCUCAGUCUUCUCCGAUAAAGAAAACAAUGCCCGACCUGAAGAAUUUGGAGCAAAUGAUUCAGCAGAGGAAACACAGCCCAGAAUAACUAAGGAGAUAGUACAAGAAUACUUGGCUAGUUUAGAUGUAUUCAAGUCUCCAGGGCCAGAUGAACUGCAUCCAAGAGUAUUAAAAGAACUGGCAGAUGUGAUCUCAGAACCACUGGCAGUCAUCUUUGAGAAUUCCUGGAGAACAGGCGAAGUCCCGGCAGACUGGAGGAGGGCAAAUGUUGUCCCUAUUUUCAAAAAGGGGAAAGAGAGGACCCAAAUAAUUACCGCCCAGUCAGUCUGACAUCAAUACCAGGGAAGAUUCUGGAGCAGAUCAUUAAGCAAACAGUCUGUGAGCACCUAGAAAGGAAUGCUGUGAUCACCAAUAGUCAGCAUGGAUUUCUGAAAAAUAAGUCAUGUCAGACUAACCUGAUCUCGUUUUUGACAGAAUUACAAGCCUGGUAGAUGAAGGGAACGCAGUGGAUGUAGCCUACCUUGAUUUCAGCAAGGCAUUUGACAAGGUGCCCCAUGAUAUUCUUGUAAAGAAGCUGGUAAAAUGCGGUCUUGACUAUGCUACCACUCAGUGGAUUUGUAACUGGCUGACUGACCGAACCCAAAGGGUGCUCAUCAAUGGUUCCUCUUCAUCCUGGAGAAGAGUGACUAGUGGGGUGCCACAGGGUUCUGUCUUGGGCCCAGUCUUAUUCAACAUCUUUAUCAACGACUUGGAUGAUGGACUCAAGGGCAUCCUGAUCAAAUUUGCAGAUGACACCAAACUGGGAGGGGUGGCUAACACCCCAGAGGACAGGAUCACACUUCAAAACGACCUUGACAGAUUAGAGAACUGGGCAAAAACAAACAAGAUGAAUUUUAACAGGGAGAAAUGUAAAGUAUUGCACUUGGGCAAAAAAAUGAGAGGCACAAAUACAAGAUGGGUGACACCUGGCUUGAGAGCAGUACAUGUGAAAAGGAUCUAGGAGUCUUGGUUGACCACAAACUUGACAUGAGCCAACAGUGUGACGCGGCAGCUAAAAAAGCCAAUGCAAUUCUGGGCUGCAUCAGUAGGAGUAUAGCAUCUAGAUCAAGGGAAGUAAUAGUGCCACUGUAUUCUGCUCUGGUCAGACCUCACCUGGAGUACUGUGUCCAGUUCUGGGCACCACAGUUCAAGAAGGACACUGACAAACUGGAACGUGUCCAGAGGAGGGCAACCAAAAUGGUCAAAGGCCUGGAAACGAUGCCUUAUGAGGAACGGCUAAGGGAGCUGGGCAUGUUUAGCCUGGAGAAGAGGAGGUUAAGGGGUGAUAUGAUAGCCAUGUUCAAAUAUAUAAAAGGAUGUCACAUAGAGGAGGGAGAACGGUUGUUUUCUGUUGCUCCAGAGAAGCGGACACGGAGCAAUGGAUCCAAACUACAAGAAAGAAGAUUCCACCUAAACAUUAGGAAGAACUUCCUGACAGUAAGAGCUGUUCGACAGUGGAAUUUGCUGCCAAGGAGUGUGGUGGAGUUUCCUCCUUUGGAGGUCUUUAAGCAGAGGCUUGACAACCAUAUGUCAGGAGUGCUCUGAUGGUGUUUCCUGCUUGGCAGGGGGUUGGACUCGAUAGCCCUUGUGGUCUCUUCCAACUCUAUGAUUCUAUACUCUGAAAUACUUGUUUCAGAGUAUGCAUAUUAUAUUGCAUACCUUAGAAAAUUCAUUUUUUUCAAAAGUGAGCUAGACAGCAGAACGCAAGUCACUUAUAUUUACUUCAGUAGGAGUAUCAAGAAUGAACCCUGGGUUUCAACACUCAUGUACAGAGUUGGAACAUGGAAUCUAUUACCAGGCGCAAAAGGACAUUGGCACUCAUCACAUCAGUUCACAAUGUGCUUUUUGAAUGUGACCACCUACAAUAAUCUGACAAAAUCCUGUAAAUUAAAAUAAUGUGGCUGCAUUUUGUUUUGAUUGUUUCAGGUUCUAUUGCUUCCAUCAGAAAUUAAUUCAUUUGCAUUCCUACAUCAAUUGCUUCUGAAGUGCCUUGUUUUCUUGAAUGCAUUUUUCUCAGCUGUAACAACUAGUGUGGUGGGGCAUGGUGUUACUGCAGCUUACCUGGACGGGCUGGGGUGGGGCAUUGUGGCAGUGAGGUCAGGACUGAGCAAGUGCAUCAGAAAGAGUGCUGGAUUGGUUCCACUUGUGCGUCCACACAGCCCCAACUCUGCCUCUGCUCUGCGCUACCCCAGCCCUGUUCAAGUAAAUGCAGUGACACCAGUGUCAGGAGGACUGCUCCAUCCUGCUCCACCAGCCACUAUUGUCUUAACAGUCCUUGCCUAAUGGACUGUUUUUAGAUGGUUGCCAUCUUCACAUAAUGUUGGAAAAUACUGGCAACUCAUUAUUGCUGUAAUUUUACUUAUAAUCUGUGUUCAGAUUAAACUCAUUUUCUAAAGCUAGAUAACCUUAACAAACAUCCUUGCUAGAUUUUGCCAGGAGUGUUGAAGAAGUUAUUUUGAAGUGUUAUCCUAGAGUCAUGUGAGAUCUUCUUUUCAAUGAGUGGCUUCUGUGCAGCUUGAGUAGCAUUUAAAUGUUCCAGUCAUACAGGUGGGGGCCAGUUUUGUGCGUCUCACCCAUGGAAGUGGCAUUGUGUUGGAAGAAGGGAAGGCAGUUCCUAUGAGAAAGACCCAUGCACUGGACCCUUCCCAUGUGAUUAAGUCAGUUAAACAUCAUGCAAGUUGUGUCUCCGCCUUUAAAAAAAUGCAUCUGCUAUAUAUCCACAGUAACAUUUAAGGGGUCCUGACUCUUGUUUAUGUACGUAUGAUAGGUCAAGUAGUACACAAUAUGAUAAAUACAUUUAUGGAUAAGUGAGAAUUAGGCUUGCUAAGUGCAGUAUGAAAGCUAAAAUGUCAAGGAAUGAUGAAUCACAUCCAUGAGGAGUUCUAUUGAACAUUCACAUUGGUCUGGUCUCCUUGAUCUCAGUUAGACUGCACUAGUGCAUAUCUAGAAAACAGCUUUGUAGAGUACAUUUUUGAAUCUUACUAUAUGAAGAUUUUUAUAUAGAUAUCUUCUUUAGAUAUAUGAAUUGCUGUUUAUGUUGUUUCUGCAGAUGGAUGAUAACCUUCGUAAGAGUCCUCAGCACCCUCCGCGUAAGCUGACAACUCUCAAACUUUCUACAGGUGGGGAAGGAAAUAGCUCACCAAACCGCUUAUCACCCUGAGAGUUUUAGUUGUCAUAUUUAUGUGUGUGAUUAGAAACUGACAUCAAAUCCGAACAAUUUUUGCACUAAUUCUGUAGGUACAUGAAGCGAGGUAAAAAUGUGAAUUGGCAAAUAGGCACAAGCACAUUCAUUUAACCAAUGCUAUCUAUAGUCACAUAAGGAACCAGUUAAGGUCUAAGUUAAGCACAGACAGAAUUGUUGAGUAAUUGUACAAUGCCGUAUGAGGUCACCAUAAGUGUUGCAUAAUGCUCGCCUUUUAGGGUUAGUUGACCAAAAGCUAAGAUUCCACUUUGGAAUAUGCAAACGCAUCACCAUUUUCUGCUAGAUGCUUUUGAUUUUGGCUGCAAUCAUGUUAUAGCUCAACUUGGUUGUUGUAUCUGGAGUAGCUACUUAAGAAUUUGUAUAGAUUUCCAAUGUGGUUCAAAUACAGAGAGAAAAUUAAAAUGUCGGUCUUUUUGUGACAGGUAAGCAAUUAGAAGGUAUUUGCCAUUUUGUUUUGUUUUUUCAAGUAAUGAUCAGUGUAUUUUGGCCAUUUUUAAAUGACUAUAGAGUAGAAAAACUAAACUGAUCACUUGGGAACAUUAAUUAGAAUUUUUUUCAGAUUUGGUCUUAAUCAGGAAAAGGAUAAGCUUGACCAACUUCUGUGAUAGUAUGCCUAUGUUCAAAAUGUCAGUACACGGAUUGACAGUAUCAAUCAAUGCAUGUAAGAGGUCAAGUUAGAAACCCUGUUGCAGGCCAAGACUGAAUAUGUAGUAUUGACAUUGUCUCAAUUUACUUUGUCUGCCCCUGCAGAUUUAUUAGCUUCUUGUUUUUAUAUAUUUAUCCAGUAUCAAACCCCCAAAUAAUCUAGAUUUUCUCCUAGAUUAGUAACUUUCAUUGUUGGGUAUAAAGAGAUAUUGCCCUGGCAUAAAGCUCAAACUAAACUGCCCAGUGCACUGAAACAACAGAGACACCCCACCAUUUGUUACCGAUGCAUACUGACACUGUAGUAGGUAAGCAAGCAAGCAAGCACACACACUGUACAUACACUGGAACUUCUACAUGGAGAAGCCCUAGAUCAGGCCAGUAGCAGCAGAGGUGGCACUUUUGGGGCAAUGUGGCUUUUCUAGCUACCCAACACAGCUGGCCACUGGCUUGCUGAGAAGGGAGGGGGAGGCACAGGGAGCCUGGCCCAGUACGUGGGAGUGGGAAUGUCAUUGACUCCACUAUCGCAUGCUACACUGUACCAAGCUACCUGCAACUCACCCCUCCCCUCUCCCUCUUGGAAAGCACCAGAGACCGGCUAUGCUGGGAAGCCAGGUGAGCAAUGGUGCCCCACUACACCAAUUGUUACUAGAUCAGGCUGGCAAUUUUUUAUGGUGAUAGUAAUUGUAAUUUCAAAUUAUGAGCAGCUGCUAUCAACUGGUCCAAAAGUUCCAUUAAUAAAUCAAGGUUUGCAACUAUUGGACUGGGGGUGAGUGCCUAAAAAAACAGGUGGUUUGGGAGUAUUUUACAGCAAGGUGUGCAUUCUGAAAACAGCGUUGACCUCUGUGCUAUUGCAGGGGCCUCUGUGGUGUGGGGUACUUGCCAGGUUCGAAGCAGGUCUUUAUGCACUGCUUCCAGGUGCCACAAAGUGGCAACACACCGCAAAAGCCUGUUUGAGGUCUCAGCACGCUAGAUGAAAUAUAGGCUGUGCAAAACUGGGUUAAGGGCCAUGGGCCAUCACUUGCCGUCCCCUAUUCUAAGGACUGACUUGAAAUUUCCAAUAUAUCAACAAUAUUUUUGAAAAGCUACUUGGCCAAAAUGGCAACUGCCAUUAACCAAUGUAUCUUAUGGUAUCUGAUUCCCAAGAAACAGUUUUCAUAUGUAUGUAAGAUAGUUUUCUUUUCAUCUGACUUCAUUUUGCCAAGUCAAACAAAUCUGAUAUUUUUCUCUAAAUUACCUCCAGUAUUCUGUAUAUGUAGACAAAUAGCUGUACAAACAAACCUGUAAAUAAUGUAUAUACAUGUAUUUGCAGAGUAUUUAUAAACCUAAGGAAUGUAAAGAUCCUUAAUGUAUCUUGUUGUUUAUAACAAUAAUUUUGGAUGUCUAACAAGAAUAAAUUUAAGUUUCAUGU